UUUCCUCUUCGCUAACAAGUGCUCGACGCCUAAGGCGCUCCAGGUCCCCUUUCUAGGGUUUCGUCCCACUCGCUCUAGCCGCCGCCGCUGACGCCGCGGAUCCGCCAGUUCUCGAUUCAUCGAUCGGAUAUCGUGCUGCUCUUCCUCCGUCAUCUUUUCCUGGGUCUCCGUCGGCUUCCGAUUGCCUUUAGUUCAUAAUAGAAGUGCCAUCAAAACUAGAUGGAGUCUGCAGAGAAGGAGCAAAGUAAAAUCACUGUGCCCUCUAGUCAGGCAUCACAACAGUUGCCAACCAAUAGUCAAUCUGCACAGUCUGAGAUGCUUCCAAUGUUUCAUACUCCAUUGGCCGUUAGCUGGGGACAAGAUUGGUUCUCUGCUGAUAGAAACUUGUCACAGACAGGAAUGCCAGUUCCUGUUCCUGUGAUAUUGGGGUCACCUCAGUUCUUUUCUAUGGUCAAUCCUGUUCACAUCAAACAGCCGUACAGAAGCUUGACUCCAUUGCCAACUUCUGUUGGUGUGGAUCAAUUAACAAUGCCAAGUAGACAAAUUUCAGGAGUACAAUCGUCAAUUAAUAUUCGACCAUCAGUCCCUGCAAAGCCCGCAUCACAGGCUUCAUUGUCUGUAAAUAGGAGGCCUACUCAGGCUAUCACACCAUCUAAAUUUCAGCGUGUUAUGCCUAUGAAUACGGCUUCAUCUUUGCCAUCGACAAAUAAGCGUCCUGCACAGUUGGUUUCACCAAAAGUUCAAUCUGAAUCAUAUGGAUCUGUAAGGUCAAAGCUACGUGAAUCACUGGCGGCAUCAUUGGCUAUGGUUUCUGAGCCCCCAAUUAAACAGCAAAUUGCAGAAAAGAGUACCAGUGGUGAUGCUCCAAAUGGAGUAACAGAAGUCACAACUCUAGUAGAAGAGACAACAGAAGAUAAUUCUUUUUUGGACAAAUCUAUGCCAGUGAAUUUGAUUUCUGAUGGAUCUGCUCCAAUGUUUGAAGUUCAAAGUGAAGCAGUAGAUGCAUCCAUGAAAAAUGCAACUCAGAGCACUGUGCUAAUAAAAUCUGAUCUUGAAGAACACCAACCGAAGGUUGUUUUGUCGCAAGAGGUAGGGGAAAAUAAUAAUUCUUUUGUUAAAGAUGAACUUUUGCAAGGGCAUGGGCUUUGCUGGGCAUCUGAGAUGAAUAUUGAUGUUGAUUAUAAUUCAUUACAUCAUGGGCAAAAAAGGCUCAAAAUGAAAAAUGAACCAGAAACUGCAAAUAAUGAGACAACUGCUCAAAAAGCUGAAAAUUUGGCAUUUAGGAUUGAAUCAGAACUCUUUAAAUUAUUUGCUGGAGUUAACAAGAAAUACAAAGAGAAAGGUAGGUCCUUACUUUUUAAUUUAAAAGACCGCAACAAUCCAGAGUUGAGGGAACGGGUAUUGUCUGGCGCCAUAACACCAGAGCGUCUUUGCUCAAUGACUAUUGAGGAACUUGCUUCAAAGGAACUUUCGCAAUGGCGAUUAGCCAAGGCAGAAGAGCUUGCACAGAUGGUUGUAUUGCCAGAUGAUGUCGAUUUAAGGCGCUUGGUGAAGAAAACUCAUAAAGGUGAAUUUCAGGUUGAAGUUGAACAAGUAGAAAGCUUUCCUGUGGAUGCUGAACUUGGGAGAAGUGUUCCCUCCAAAGUUCCUUCAAAACCGAGUGAAGUUAAAACAAGAAAACAUUCUACUCCUAAAACUGAUGCGCUUAAGGCAUCUGGAAGUAGAUCCAUAGCUCGAAAGGAUGAUUCAGAUAGCCAAAAUAUCCAUACUGAUUUAGAAAUCCUUGGCGAAAAGACUGACCUUAUGCAAGAAUUGAUGGUGGAUGAAGUUAAGGAUCCUGACUCGCUUCCUCCAAUAGUGUCUCUUGAUGAGUUCAUGCAAGCCCUAGAUUCUGAACCUCCGUUUGAGAAUAUGUCAGUGGAUUCUUUACAGGAAGUUCCUAGUUCAGGCAUUGAAAAUUUGGACUGCUUAGAAUCUGAGAAAGUACCUGCCUCAGGCACUAUGGAUGCUGCAUCUGAUAGCUUGAAGACAAAGUCAGAAACUUCAGAAGCUGGUUCUUCAGUCAAGCAUAGUUCCUCACAAGAUACCACACAAGUGGACUUGGUUUCUUCAAGUGCCACUGUUAAUAAUCCUGCUAAAGUCAACCCGGAGGAGAUUGAUAAAAUGUGUUCAGUGAAUGAUGAAAACUUGAAUCCUGAUGCUGAUGAUAUCCAGUCAAAGUCUUGCCCUCCUGAAGUUGCAUUGGCAAGUGACAAAAUUUGGGAAGGCUCAAUUCAGUUGAAUAUUUCUUCAGUGGCAACAGUGAUUGGCUUUUACAGAAGUGGUGAGAAAACAUCCAUGCAAGAGUGGCCUAGCUUUUUCGAGAUAAAAGGGAGAGUGAGGCUAGAUGCUUUUGAAAAAUUCCUCAAGGAGUUGCCUUUAUCUCGGACCCGGGCAAUCAUGAUCGUGCAGUUUUCUUGGAAGGAAGGAUCAUCUGAAAGCGGACGCCUUAGUCUUAUUGAGAUAAGUGACUCCUACGCAACAGACAAUAGAGUUGGAUUUGCUGAGCCUGCACCAGGAGUCGAAAUGUACCUUUGCCCGCCUCACUCAAGGAUGACCGACAUGGUAGAGAAGUCUCUGCCAAAGGAGCAGGGUGGCACGCUUGCAAUCGUUGCUGAUGGUCUCAUUGGCGUGGUGGUGUGGAAAAGACCCCAUGCGGCGGUGUCACCCAGGGUCUCCUCUCAUCACAAGCAUGGUAGCUCUAGAAAACACUUGAGCACUAGAAAACAGCAAGGCGAUAGUUCUUAUACUUUAUCUAAAUCCUCAUUAGCCCAGCCCUCUGGCAGCAUUCAAGCUGCCACAACGACCCUACCCUUGGCUGAUGACGAAUCUGAUGUACCACCUGGUUUUGGCCCUAGGGAUGAUGAUGACCUUCCUGAAUUUGAUUUUGCACACGGCAACUCGCAGUCUUCAAAACCUGUUUCCUCCACGGGUCGGCCCCUUGCAGUGGCCCCUGUCCGGCCGGUGGAACAAAUUAGACAACUAAUCUAUAAGUACGGGCAAAGUGAACAUGUUAAGAAUUCUCCAAUUGAUGUACAACCUUGGAAUGAUAAUGAUGAGGAUGAUAUUCCAGAAUGGCGACCCCAAAAUGCCCAUCAUCACCAACAAGCACUGCCGCCGUCAGUCCCCACUCCGCCACAACAUCCUUCACAAUUGCAUGCUUAUCAACAGCAACCUCUGCAGGCCCUGCAAGUAAACCAACAAAUGUUGCCACUGCACACUCACAUCCCAUUGCAGCAGCAGCAGCAGCAGCUACUGCCUCUGCAAAUGGCUGCCUUGCCAACAAUGGCUACACAGCAACCUUUUCCUCAAUUUGCCAUGAUGGCAAACCCCUUAAACAUGAUGCCAAGGUGGCAACAGCCUCCCAUGCUGUCACUGGGCGGUGUUCCUGUGGCCAACAUGAUGCAGACCCCUCAAUUCGGUACCCAGGCUAACGCAGAUGUCCAAAUGCCUAAUUUCGGAGCCGUGCAAAAUGUAAUGGGGUGGAGGCCGGAUGUUUAUGGAAGUAGGGGUGCUUAAAAUAGGACAUUUUUUGUAAUGUAAACGGCCGAUCGUCACAGGGGCGAUCUCUUUUUAUAUGUAGCCAGCCAUUUAAGAAAGCUUGUCUGAUGUUUAACCUCAUGUUUUACAUUAUUGGUUUUUGCAA